GUACGGCGCGACGGCGCGGUCGGAGAAAAAGCGGGGUGCUUUUUUUGUUGUUGGUUGCCGCGGAGUCGCGAUUUGUUUCUUCUUCGGGCUCUAAUCCUGUCCUCGUCGGCUGAUUGAGCCGCCCUAAUUUCGCUUUCUCGGUACGGCGGUUACUUCUUGGUUGGGUGCGGCGCUGGCGCGCUGCUAGUACCGCCCUUUUCCGUCCUCAUCAUCCUCUUGAUCUUUUCGUCCUCGUAUGAUGUUUGGGAAAAGACUUCCAAUUCUGGGAGAGAAAUAAAGGAUCAUGCCUUCUUUUGACGGAGGCUUUUAAUUUCCUCUUUUGUGCCGUACUGCGGUUGGUUGCGGUUAGGGAUGGCCGUGUGUGUGUUGGUGUUGGUCUUGUCUUUUGCUGUUAAACCCUAGCUAGCUGCUGUUCAUGGCCUCCUUCCAUUUCUCCUGCCUCUGUUUCGCCCAUGCCAGGCUGUUUCUUGAUGUGAAUGCCCGAACUUUCCUAAUCCUCAAAGGUUUCCUUUUUUUUUACUGCGAGUUACCAUUGCGCUGUUAGAUUUUGUUUUUCUGCAAAUUGUUUGCGCUUGAUACAGCGGGCAGCGGUCUUAGGUUCCUGAACAUUAUGGUAUCUCGGAAGAAAAGGAAAACAUUGAAAUGUGCCAGACUGCCAGUACACUAUGAGAUGUGGGACUGGCAGAGUCAAGAGUUUGAUUUGCAGAAGGAUCUGUUACCAGUUCCAUCUACCUCCCUGUGGGCUGAAGCAAACCACAACGAGGUUGAUUCUUGGAGCCUGUUCGAUGAGCAAACCCCAAUUAAAGAAUGUACAGACAUAGAUUUACCCUUCUGUGAUAUAGGAGAUAUUAUUAUCAAGGACUUUGAUGAAGGAAAGGAAACCUUGCAAGCUAAACGAAGACGUAUGCUGCAGUUCUGUCCAGACAAUGCUGAGAUGGACUGUUCUCUGACAGAUGGGCUCUUGGAAAAUCUGCAAGUGGAUUUGGAUUUCUCUAGUGACGAGCAUUUGUUACAGUGUGAUGGGACACAGGAACUACCUGAACAAUGGCUGGUUGAUUGCUCACAAGAUAGUGAGAAUCGUUCGCCCCCGGAAGAAGUGAAAAGUCCUAGUGCUGCUGUGGAAGUAAAUAUCUCUGUUCUUCAGAAUUCGUUGGUCGAGCUCGAGGAGCAGCCUAUCAUGAAAGUUGAGAAGAAACCUCAGCAAGCUAAACCUACACCUCUGAAAGCUGGAAGAAGCGUCAUCAGAGCAAAGAAGCUGAAAGUGGCGUCGGUGGCCUACCCAUUCGAGCUCAUCAAGCCGUGCGGCUUCCAUGGCGCCACCACCCUGAGGGACAUAAACCAGAAGAUCCUGGCGCCUCCCUCGUACAGGAUCAAGCACAAGAUCGACGAAGCGUCCGCGCCGUACCAGGAGGCCUCGGCCAUCUCCGGGAAGCCGGUGGUCCACAAGACGAAGAUCCACACCGAAGGGGGGAAGGGCAGCAUCACCAUCACAAGAACGAGAGGCUGACGAAGUUCGUUCAUAUUGCCGCCGUGCUAGCUUUAGCCGUCUAGAUGAUUUUUGUGGCCAAAGAAGUGUGUAUGGCUGGGUUGGGUUGUUCUUUGCUGCUGCAACAUUUGACCUGUGCUGGCUUUGUUAGGGUUGGUUGACUGGUAGAGCAGGCCUAGAAGUGUGUGUAGGCAGUGUGUUUGGGAUGGUGCUGUUCUUUUCUUGUUCAAAGGUGGGAAAAGUUGAUGUGAUAAUCAGGUUAAUAUGGACAUAUGUGUAGUUUGGUGAGAUUAAGUUAUAUAAUUUGCAGCACCUAUAUA